AAUGGGCUCAGUUUUGCUGAAUAAUCACGUGUGAAUCAAGGGGCGGGCUUUUGGCAGGCCGAUCUUACUAGUAUUUACUACCAAGCUCUACUCCAGAUUAACCAUCCCAGUCCUUCUGUCAGCCUCUGAUGCCAUCAUGCAGCCUGAUUAGGAGCAAAGGAAAGGGGGAAAGGAGAAGCAACUAAUCGUCUUUUCCCGAUCGUCAGGACCCUAAAGAAUGGCCGAGCCUUGGGGGAACGAGUUGGCGUCCGCAGCUGCCAGGGGGGACCUAGAGCAACUUACUAGUUUGUUGCAAAAUAAUGUAAACGUCAACGCUCAAAAUGGAUUUGGGAGAACUGCGCUGCAGGUUAUGAAACUUGGAAAUCCAGAGAUUGCCAGGAGACUUCUACUCAGAGGUGCUAAUCCCAAUCUGAAAGACCGAACUGGUUUCGCUGUCAUUCAUGAUGCAGCCAGAGCAGGUUUCCUGGACACAGUUCAGGCUUUGCUGGAGUUUCAAGCUGAUGUUAACAUCGAAGAUAAUGAAGGGAACCUGCCCUUGCACUUGGCUGCCAAAGAAGGCCACCUCCCUGUGGUGGAGUUCCUUGUGAAGCACACAGCCAGCAAUGUGGGGCAUCGGAAUCACAAGGGGGACACAGCCUUCGACUUGGCCAGGUUCUAUGGAAGAAAUGAGGUCAUUAGCCUGAUGGAGGCAAAUGGGGUGGGGGGAGCCACAAAUCUACAGUGAGUGUCUGGAAGGGCCUUUCCACAUUGCCUUUAUUUUGUCAGUUAGUUGGUUGGCUGUCCUGACUGGCUUGCUAUCACUUGUUAAAAUAUAAGUUUUUAUUUUGUUUCUUAUUUUAAGCAGCUAGUUAAAUCCUUUGAAACUGUCUAAUUGGAAAUCUCACUACAAGUUUAUGAAAUAUUUAAACAUCCUUUUCACUGUCAAAAUUCUGAUUUCUAACAUGUAAUUGCAAAUAGCUAUGCCUUUCUUCUGAAUAUUUUAUCUGUGAUUUUAUUUUCUUUGCUUAGCCUUUGCCACUCUCAGAAUCUGACCUGAAGACUUUGUUUAAAAAAAUUCUUUGUCCUGAUGCAUCUUUUGCCUAAUUAAAACACUUUUUCAGAAAGAGGA